CGGUGGGAAACGAAAACAAUACAACACACAACCGAAUCAAAGCGGCGAACAAAUCAAAUUAAUAACACAAAUAAAAAUAUUUUCGCCCCAAAACCCUAUUCCCCCGUUCUCACUUUGUCGUUGGCUUCUUCGCGGAAUUCAUUUUCCCCCGACUCUUCUUCUCCAUGGCUUCGGCGAUCGGAGCUCGUCCAUGGCUUCUUCUCGCUCUCCUCAUCUUCUCUUCCUACUCCCUAUGCUUCACCGCGGCUCAAUCGAAUAUCCAAACCUUCUUCCCCGCCAUCUCUACCCCGGCGUUCAAAAACCCCCCACCGCCGCCGCCGCCGCCUCCGCCUCCGACGAUAUCGCCGGCGCAACCUCCGAUAUCGGCGCCGCCGCCGGCGCCGACGCACAAGGACAAGGACGUGACGAAGGCGGUGGUCGCCACCGCGGCGAGCAGCUUCGCCCUCUCAGCGAUCGCUUUCUUCGCGUUCUACCGGUGCACGGCGAGGAAGAAGGAGGUGAGGCCGCGGGAGAACCCCUUCGCGAAGAAGGGCUCGCGGGUGGAGCGGGAGCGGCCGAGGGGGAGCCCCGCGCACAAGGGCGUGAUCAUGGACGAGAGCGGGCUCGACGCGAUCUACUGGAGGGAGUUCCAGAGGGAGGACCCGAAGAGGUGCCCGCACUGCGCUAGGGUUUCGGAUCCAUCGGGAGCGGGGAGAGCUGGGGGAGAGGAGGGUGCCGGGGAGCGAGACGAGAGGCGGCGGCGCCGCGUGCGGGAUCAGGAGAUGCCGCUGAUCCCGCCCGGCUCGCUCAACUCGUCCUCGGCGAUCUUCCACCAAGAGUUGGCGGCGUCGAAUCGGAGCUCGACCUCAUCGAUCUCGACGGCGACGCCGCCGCCGCCGCCGCCGCCGCAUGCCCGCUCGUCGUCGUCGGAGCGAACAUCGAGCUCCGCGCCACCACCGCCGGGGGUCGCCAAUUCCGUGGUUCCUCCGCCAUCGCCACCACUUCCGCAGCCUCCCGGAAGGUCAGCUCCGGCGGCUGCGCCGCCGCCACCGCCUCUCCGGAGGGCGGCGGCGAGGACCAGAGGGGCGGGGGCGCCGCAGAAGAAGCUGAAGCCGCUGCACUGGGAUAAGGUGAACCCGGCGAACGCGGAUCAUUCAAUGGUGUGNCCACCGCCGCCGCCUCCGGUGCUUCCACUUCCUCCGGGGGCUAGGGCGCCAACGCCGCCGCCCCCGCCACCUCCGGGGCCUAGGGCUCCGCCUACGGGGGUGCCACCGCCACCAGGGGCUAGGGCUCCGCCACCGCCUCCGCCGCCGCGGCCACCAUCAGGGGCGAGCAAGAACGCGGCGGCGGCGGCGCCGCCUCCGCCGCCGCUUAGAGGGGCCGGGGCGUCAUCUUCUAGUAGUAGGCCACCGGCUCCGCCAGGGCCGGGGGCGGGAGCGGGGGCGCCGCAGAAGAAGCUGAAGCCGCUGCACUGGGAUAAGGUGAACCCGGCGAACGCGGAUCAUUCAAUGGUGUGGGACCGGAUCACCGACGGCUCCUUCAGGUUUGAUGAGGACAUCAUGGAGGCCCUCUUCGGCACCUUAGUCGCCAACCGGAAACCCCAAAAUGGGGCCGGCUCUUCGAAUCCCGCCUCGUCAGCCUCCAAUGCUGCUGCCGCCACCGCCACUCAAAUCUGCCUUCUCGAUCCCCGCAAGUCACAGAACAUUGCUAUUGUCCUCCGCUCGCUGGCCGUCAACCGCCAGGAAAUCCUGGAUGCUCUUCUCGAAGGCCGUGGUCUCAGCCUCGAAACAUUAGAGAAGCUCUCACGCCUCGCCCCGACGAAGGAGGAAGAGUCCACAGUCAGAGAGUUCGAUGGCGACCCGUCCAAACUCGCCGAUGCUGAGUCCUUCCUCUUCCACCUCCUCCGGGCUGUCCCCUCCCCCUUCACCCGCAUCUAUGCCAUGCUCUUCAAAUCCAACUACGGGACCGAGAUCGCACACCUAAAGCGGUCGCUCGAGACACUGGAAUCAGCAUGCAAGGAGCUGAGGACACGCGGGCUUUUCUUGAAGCUCCUUGAGGCUGUGCUUAAGGCUGGAAAUCGUAUGAAUGCCGGAACAGCACGUGGGAACGCACAGGCCUUCAACCUGACCGCGCUGUGCAAGCUGUCGGAUGUGAAGAGCACCGACGGGAGCACCACACUGCUCCACUUCGUUGUCGAGGAAGUUGUGCGGUCAGAGGGCAAGCACUGUGUCGUCAACCGCAACUACAGCCUCCGGCGAUCCGGAAGCAGCAUUAGAAAGGGCGACGACAGCAGCACAGCAGCUGCGAGAAAGGAAGAAAGGGAGAGAGAGUACAUGAAGCUAGGGCUCCCUGUAGUCGGAGGCCUGAGCACAGAGUUCGCCAGCGUGAAGAAGGCUGCAGGUAUUGACUACGACGCACUCAUUGGUACAUGCGGCACACUCGCAGGGCGGGUGGCGGAGAUCAAGAAGUUCUUGAGCACAUGCAGCAUUAGCGAUGGGUUUGUUAAGGAGAUGAGAGGCUUUGUAGAGGCGGCAGACGGAGAGAUCGUGACAGUGAAAGGGGAGCAGGAGAGGAUUUUGGAGCUUGUAAAGCGGACGACAGAAUACUACCAGGCAGGGGCGGCGAAGGACAAAUCCGCUCCGCCGCUGCAGCUGUUUGUGAUAGUGAGGGACUUCUUAGGGAUGGUGGAUCAGGCCUGCGUCGAUAUAGCAAGGAGUCUGCAACAGAAAAAACCGCCGCAGGUAGCAACAGCGUCAGCAAAGGGGACGGCAUCCCCAGAGGGUUCGGCGAAGGGGACGGCUAUGCCGGAGGGUUCAGAUAGUGCACGGAGAAUCAUGGCGAGGUUUCCGAACUUGCCACCGCAUUUCAUGUCGGAAAAUUCACCAUCCGACUCAAGCGACGAGGAGGGGUAAAUCUGUAAAUUCAGAGGAAGAGGGAAGGUGGAGAUUGUUUUUGGUAGAUUCUUGAUAAAUGUGUAAAUUAAGUACAUACAGUAUGACGCUGCAUUCUUUCUCUGUAAAAUUUGUGGAUUGAAUUUGUUCUUUUUCUUCUUUUUUUUUUUA